GUGGUACAUUGGGAGUCUUGGUAGGGCGGGCGCUUUCCCGUUGAUUCUUCUCCUGGAUACCAUGGCGCCUCCGAAAGAAAAUGUCAGUUUGCUUUUUAAGUUGUACUGCUUGACGGUGAUGACCUUGGUGGCUGCGACAUAUACAGUAGCCUUACGAUACACAAGAACAGCAGAAACAGUUCUGUACUUUUCAACUACAGCCGUCUGUAUUACAGAAGUUAUCAAGUUAUUCCUAAGUUUGGGGAUUUUAGCAAAAGAGACUGGAAACCCGAGAAGACUGUUGACAUCUUUAAAAGAAAACAUCUUUGGCAGCCCUAAAGAACUACUCAAAUUAAGCAUUCCAUCUCUCGUGUAUGCCAUUCAGAACAAUAUGGCAUUCCUGGCUCUUAGCAAUUUGGAUGCUGCAGUUUACCAGGUGACCUAUCAGUUGAAGAUCCCAUCCACUGCCUUAUGUACAGUCUUAAUGCUGAACCGCUCUCUGAGUAAACUGCAGUGGUUUUCAGUCUUUAUGUUGUGUGGUGGAGUCACUCUUGUUCAGUGGAAGCCAGCACAGGCUACAAAAGUUCAGGUGGAACAGAAUCCAUUGAUAGGCUUUGGUGCAAUCGCUAUUGCUGUUUUAUGUUCAGGAUUUGCAGGGGUAUAUUUUGAGAAGGUGCUAAAGAGUUCAGAUACAUCUUUAUGGGUCAGGAACAUUCAGAUGUACCUCUCUGGAAUUGUGGUGACCUUGGUUGGUGUCUACAUGUCUGAUGGAGCUCAAGUAAUAGAGAAGGGAUUUUUUUAUGGGUACACACAUUACGUCUGGUUUGUCAUCUUUCUUUCCAGCGUUGGAGGCCUCUACACUUCGGUUGUUGUUAAAUACACCGACAACAUUAUGAAGGGUUUUUCUGCAGCUGCCGCCAUUGUUCUCUCUACUAUUGCGUCUGUCAUUCUCUUCGGCUUACAGAUAACCAUAACCUUCUCUCUUGGUGCGUCCCUUGUAUGCAUUUCAAUAUAUCUGUACGGUUUGCCUCGACAAGACACGACAAAACUAGAGCCAGUGGAAACAAAAGGGUCGAAAGAGAAUCUUCUUCAUGUGUGACGCUUGGCAUGAAAACAGAGAAGACUUGACACACGGGUGUCUUCUUUCCUUUCCCUUUUUAAAAUUAGCCUUAAUCUGUUUAUGGAAGACUUUUCUAAAAAAAAAAAACCCACCUAAAAAAGUGAAGUAAAUCCUUAGGGAAAUGAAGGCUUACACUGGAGGAUGGAUACUUCACUUAAGUUGUGAAGCACUGUUUUUCAUGUAAAAGUAUGUCUUAUUUUUGUGUCAGACUGUGAAGGUCCUACUCUCCCAAAAAAGAAUGAAGGAAUGGAAUGUGCAGCAAUAUGUAUAUAUUGUAUAUAAAAUAAAAGAGUGGUGUGCCA